CAGGCUGGAGGGAAUCUUCUAAUGAUCUUAGGACGCUGAGCUGGCCUGGUUCUGUCCACCUUGUCACCUGCGCCCUAUACCGCCCAUCAUGUUCAGUUGCCCGGGAGAUGGUGAAGAGGCUGGCUAAGCUAAGGAAAGGGAGGGAGAGGGCCCUAACCUACGAAUCGACCAGCAGCAGCCGAGAGGAGACAGACCCUUGCUCCCUGCCGUUCCGGGGCCAGGAUGGGGCAGCAGUUCAGCUGGGAGGAGGCGGAGGCGGCGGGCGAGAUGGACGUGGCGGAGCUCCAGGAGUGGUACAAGAAGUUCGUGGUGGAGUGCCCCAGCGGCACGCUCUUCAUGCACGAGUUCAAGCGCUUCUUCAAGGUCACAGGCAAUGAGGAGGCCACCCAGUAUGUAGAGGGCAUGUUUCGAGCCUUCGACAAGAACGGGCAGGACAACACCAUCGACUUCCUGGAGUAUGUGGCAGCCCUGAACCUGGUGCUGAGGGGCACCCUGGAGCACAAGCUGAAGUGGACCUUCAAGAUCUAUGACAAGGACCGCAACGGCUGCAUCGACCGCCCGGAGCUGCUCGACAUUGUAGAGGCGAUUUACAAGCUGAAGAAAGCCUGCAGGGUGGAGGGGGAGGCCGGGCAGCAAGGCCAGCUGCUCACGCCCGAGGAGGUCGUGGACCGGAUCUUCCUCCUGGUGGAUACGAACGGAGACGGCCAGCUGUCUCUGAAUGAGUUCAUCGAAGGUGCCCGCCGGGACCAGUGGGUGAUGAAGAUGCUGCAGAUGGACGUGAACCCCGGCGGCUGGAUCUCCCAGCAGAGGCGGAGAAGUGCCAUGUUCUGAAUCCACAGGCCCCUCCCAGACUCCAGGCUCAGCAGGCAGCCACCAGAGAACAGAAGUGCCAGCUCCCAGUGUUUCCAGGCUGCCCGCAUUGACCAUCCCUCCACGUCCGUGCUCAGGCCUGGCUGGCUUCCAAGGGGUGGACAGGAUGGGUGUGAGCAAAAUGCACCCUCUCACCCUCCCAGGGGGGCUCUCUGCAACCAGGGGCUUCACUCCCUUCUCCCCCUUUUCUCCCUCCUGCUGCAUUUUUAUUAACUCCAUGCAUACGCCCCCGCCCCCACCCUCCACACACACCCAGCGAAGUGAAGACUCAAAGCCCAGAAGAGAGAGCAUCUUGAAAAUGGGCACAACUGCUUCAGCCUGUCUCUCCCAGGUCCUCGGACAGGUUUUCCUAAAGUUGGGGUGCGCACAGAAUGGGCAGGAGGCCCACCCGGAACAGGUUGCCCCACUUCCCAACUGAUGCCAGGUGUCCUGCAGCAGGAGAGACUGACGGGAGGCCAGGGAUGGCCCGGCCGCCUCAGUGAGUCACAGAGCUGUGGGGCCCAGGCCGCAGGCACCGCAUGCCACCAAGUAGCCAGCAAGGGAGUAGGAGGUUUGCACGGUCACUUCUGAAUAAAUACGGAUUUCCUCUGGAUAAUUGAGGACUUUCUAUACUACCACCUCACCCUCCUUCACUGCUUUGGCCAACAUCCGACUCAAGCAUCCCUUCUUCCCACGGGGUGUGAAUGCGCGCACGUGUGGCUGUCAUUUGGUCAUGAUUCGGAUCUGCACUCACAUCCAAACACUCCAUCCUCAUCUCCUUGGUAGCACUGUAACCUCUUGAAGGAGGUGUCUCCCUACGCCCCACAACUGGGGCUCUUGGAGGUGCUCCCUAAAAAUGGAUAUGACGACCCCUUAUUGUUUCAAAUUUGGUAAAAUGUAAAUCCUAAGAGACACCCCCAAUUUACACCUAAGAAAACUCCUCCCCAUGUCACACGGCCCCCACAUGGGACACAAACACAUCACAGAGCAUGCACCCUCCAACCUCCCCCACACAUCACCUUCUCCACAUGCAACCCCAACUCCUCUUCACAUUCACAGUCAGGGGCCACCUCUGUGAGGCUGUCUCUGAGUCCAACUCACUCACAGUUUCCUGUGCCCCUGCAGGAGUCCAUUCAUAGCUUCCCUUAGCAUAUCAUCAUAAUAAAAGGCUA